CUAUAAAGGGUUGUUUUCCACUUUGCAAGCUAAACAAUCUCCAUUUUGUGAGAGCCUUUCAGCCGACUAAAGCGUCGUCCCCGUGAAAAGGAAGAUUCAAAGAACAACUAAAAACACAAAUUAAGCCAACCAGUCGAUCGCUAACCAGUUAUUAUCCGAAAGGAAAGGAAAUCUUAUCGUAUGUCCGCUAUCCAGAACCUCCAAACUUUCGACCCAUUUGCUGAUGCAACUAAGGGUAAUGACAGGCUCCCAUCUGGGACUGACGACUACAUCCACAUAAGAAUCCAGCAGCGUAACGGCAGGAAGACUCUGACCACGGUCCAGGGCAUAGCCAUCGACUAUGAUAAGAAGAAGCUAGUCAAGGCCUUUAAGAAGAAAUUUGCCUGCAAUGGGACAGUGAUUGAGCACCCAGAGUAUGGUGAAGUGAUUCAGCUGCAAGGUGACCAGCGCAAGAAUAUCUGCACUUUUCUGAUUGAGAUUGGCCUGGCAAAAGAGGAGCAGCUCAAGGUCCACGGGUUCUAGAAGCUCUCAGCAGCCCCCUCUCCCCUGGUCCUGAUACUCUUCUCCCCCCUCCCGGUGCUGCAAUCACCGCAGCUGUUUUAAGCUAAUGAUGAAUACUUCUGAAUUGACUCUUAACUACCAGUUUAACUCCCCCCUCAUACGGGAGCAGUCCAGUACAAACAUGGACAAAUGGUUCGACAUAUGCGGGAUGAGUGGUUUUGUUUUUUCCUUAAAUUUUUUGUUUGCCAUGUGACAGGCACAAUUCCAUGUAACUCUUUUUGUUUUGUACAAAUUUCAAUAAAAUGAUCAACCGCCACCUCAUGCGGAAUCCUGUUGUGUGGGAUUUUGGGGGGGGGGGUAAGAGUGGAUAAGGGUGGUUCAGUUUGGGGAGAAGCCCUCAACUGCAGUUCCAAUGUGUUGUAGGGCUGCCUGCUUCAAGGUUAGAGUGCAGCUGACGUUCUAACCAUCUCAGCCCCAUCUCCCGUCUACAAGAUUGCUUCUUCCUUUAAAAAAAAAAGUUAAUUAUAAUAUGCUGAAUUUUCUGAAGCUGUUAUACUUAAGAUUUUAUUUUAACUAGAAUUUUAAAGUACUCAUCUGCCUGGUUGUCAGAUGACUGGUGUUAUGAAGCAAGUUUGCUUAAAGCCAUGGUAGUAUUGAUGCUGAGCUACCGACCUGAAAAUGGAGUGGGGAAAUAACUGUUUUUAAAUUCCACAUUUUAUUCAAUAAAUAUUUGAAAUUA